CUAAUAUCUAUUUUUUCUCAUUUGACCUAUUCCCGCGCCAGUAGCAUAUCCUCCUAUCUUCCCAACGGCUUAUACGCGAACACUUUCAGCCCCAUGCACAGUUCAUGCAUUUAUUACGUACCCCCCGGGAAACCUAGUGUUUAACUAACCAGUUUUGUUCCUCCAGGUCGAGCCCUAUAUAAUGCCGUUUGAAUGCAGUGCAUGGAAGCAUAGUAAGUGAAGUAAGAAUCUUACUUAGAAGCUUACUAAAGAAAUGGGUUCUUCUCAAAAAUGGAUGUGUGUUACACUUCUUUUGUUGAGUGUGGUGAGUGUUGCUUUUGCAAAGAUUGAGACUGAAAGAUGGGGAAAUGAUGAUUGUCAGUUCGGUCGGAGAGGUUGUGGUUUCAGAGGGAGAGGAAUUGGGGGAGGUUUCGGUGGAGGACACGGUGGCGGAGGAGGAUUUGGAGGUGGAGCUGGGGGUGGUCUUGGUGGGGGAGAUGGAGUUGGUGGCGGUGGAGGUGGUGGUGUAGGAGGUGGUUCUGGGCAUGGUAGUGGUUUCGGAGCUGGUGUUGGUGGAGGAAGUGGUAGUGGACUUGGUGGAGGUGCUGGCGGUGGUGGCGGAGGCGGAGGAGGAGGUGGUGGACUUGGAGGUGGAUCCGGUCAGGGUGGUGGAUUUGGCGGUGGUGUAGGAGGUGGUGCAGGAGGAAUUGGUGCUGGUGGGGGAGGAGGAAGUGGAGGUGGAGGCGGAGUUGGUGGUGGUUCAGGACACGGAGGUGGAUUCGGAGGAGGCGUUGGCAUUGGUGGAGGUGGUGUAGGCGGAGGUGCUGGAGGCGGAGGCGGAGGCGGAGGUGGUGGCGGAGAAGGUGGACCUGGAGGUGGAUCUGGGAGUGGAGGAGGAUUUGGUGGUGGCGUAGGAGUUGGAGCAGGAGGCAUUGGCGGAGGAGCUGGUGGAGGUGGUGGCGGAGGAGGAGGAGGCGGCGUUGGUGGAGGAUCAGGUUACGGUGGUGGAUUUGGCGGUGGUGUAGGUGGUGGAGUCGGAGGAGGUGCUGCUGGAGGUGGAGGCGGAGGUGGUGGUGGUGGAGGCGGCGGCGGAGACGGCCUUGGUGGAGGUUCUGGACACGGAGGUGGAUUUGGCGGUGGGGUAGGAGGAGGAGCCGGUGGAGGCGUUGGAGGUGGCGGUGGAUUCGGAGGUGGCGGUGGCGGUGGAGUCGGAGGAGGAUCCGGUCACGGAGGUGGUUUCGGAGGAGGUGUAGGAGGUGGUGGCGGCCUUGGAAGCGGUGGUGGCCUUGGCGGUGGCGGUGGUGCAGGUGGAGGUGGAGGUGGAGGAUUCGGAGUAGGCGUCGGUGUCGGCGUUGGGGUUGGGUUUGGUGCUGGGGCUGGCGCUGGCAAAGGUGUAGGUGUUGGGAGUGGUUCCGGCGGUGGAGCAGGAGGCGGACGCUAAGAAACAUGAAGUCGCCGAUACCUUUUGAGUCUCACAUAGUGCUCUCGUUUGUUAUUUUGUGUCAUCGAAUUCAAUCUGCAAAACCUCAUCUGUUGUUGGAUUUAAUGUCUAAUUAAGAACGUGUCAAUAUAUGUACGAGUCUUAUAUAGUCUGAUGAUAUCAGGGAUGAAAAUCUAUGUAUUAUCAAUCAAUCACUUACAACAAUUUGAUUUGAAUUGAUUCAGCAUGGGUUCUAAAGAUUAAGUUAAGCUCCAACAGAUAUAGUAUGCAUUUUCUAAUUUGCAAACUUUAUCAGCAUUCUUGUUUGCUUCUGCUUGUGGACUUAGGGCCAAAGUUUUAAUUAAAGACUUCUCUCUGCAAUCCUUUUAUACGAACGUCGGGAUGCAAUUUUGAUACAGUCGUUGUAAUGGUUUGCAGAAGAUCAAAGUUCAACCACAACCCUAG